CAUGCUCGCUGUGGCUGUGUGUCUGCUGUAGCCUUUUGGUGUAUUGACCAUGCCCUCGGUCUCAUAGAAUGUGAGAAUAAUCAGAAACAAAGCGUCUGAUGCAUUUUCUCUCCGUAUUCCUUUAUUUUAGCUUUGUGUCUCUGCAAUUACUUUCUCUCUAAAUGACACGCUCUCAUUCUUUCCAAAUUCUGCUCACAUGAGAAUCUUUCCAUAAUAAUUACCUUUUAUUUCCCAUUUCCCUCUCUAGCAUGCCCAGAACUGAGCAGAGCUCUCAGUAAUGCGCCUCAGCAAACCACCUUUGCUUUAUUUACUGUUAAUGUAACAGGUACCUACAGUUAUUAUCCUCUUCUUCACACGUACCGUUCAGAAGGUACUCGGGGUGCACAAUUUGGUGUCCCGCGAGGGAGUUAAUCCUGUGCAUGCUUGUCUCAGCUGAUAGGAACAGGAAUAAUUAUGUCUCACAUAAAAUACCUGCACAUACACAAUGGAGGCGACUCAGCGAGCAGAACUGCUGAGGUGGGAGGGACCGUAUAUAUAGGGUUACAAUUACGGGGCUGGCAAGUAGAGAGCAAAAUCGUAGAAAGCGGCGCUGCCGGGCUCGCGAGCUGCCUGCCUGUUAGAGGAGGGAAGCUGAACUUUCUGUACCCAGCGCUGGAUCCCUGCCGGCAGCGAGGGGCAGGUUUGCCCAGUGAAUGAAACCCCAAGUAACUGCCCAACGGGACUGAGCACAGCCAGCUGCGAGCUCACGGGUCUGCAGCUACCGGAGAUUGACAACUGCAGGCAAGUUUAGAUGAGCUAGAGUUUAGGUGUCUAGUGCAGAAGAAGAAGAGCCGCCUGGAGCAUGCCUAAUUUCUGUAUAAAACUGUAAUUAGUUAUAAAUUUUAUGUACAUUGUAUUUGCUCAAAUAGAGCAAAUGAAUUGACCAAACAGAAGCCAAACUUGACGUUUUGGAGGAAGAAUUUAUUUCACACAAGCAGAGCAAAUACAGAAAUAAUCUCCAGAGAUGUUCUGCAGAUACUUUUGCUUCCUCAGUCUGUGUCUUUUCCUUCCAACCCAAAGGAGGUGCUCCCUGGGUCACAUAUCCGACUUGCGCGGCGGCGACACAGCGUCCCUCCCUGGAUUUGAGAACCUCACCAUGGGAUACAACAAAUACCUUAGGCCCUACUUUGGUGGAGAACCCGUUCAAAUUGCAAUGAGUCUGGACAUUGCAAGUAUUUCUAGUAUAUCCGAGAGCGACAUGGAUUACACAGCUACGAUAUACCUGCGGCAGCGCUGGACAGACCCCCGGUUGGUCUUUCAUGGCAACAAGAGCUUCACGCUAGAUGCUCGCCUAGUGGAAUUGCUCUGGGUACCAGACACAUACAUUGUGGAGUCAAAAAGGUCCUUCCUGCACGACGUCACCGUGGGGAACCGCCUCAUCAGACUGUUCUCUAAUGGCACUAUCUUGUAUGCCUUAAGAAUCACUACAACUGUUGCUUGUAACAUGGACCUGUCAAAAUAUCCCAUGGACACACAAACGUGCAGACUGCAGCUAGAAAGCUGGGGCUAUGAUGAAAACGAUGUCAUCUUCACGUGGUUGAGAGGAAAUGACUCUGUGCAUGGCAUAGAAAAGUUGCGUCUCUCGCAGUACACAGUGGAACGUUACUAUACCCUGGUCUCGAAGUCACAGCAGGAAACAGGCAGUUACCCACGACUGAUAUUGCAGUUUGAGCUGAGAAGAAAUGUCCUUUACUUCAUUUUGGAGACCUAUGUGCCAUCCACUCUGCUCGUCAUGUUGUCCUGGGUUUCUUUUUGGAUCACAUUGGAUUCAGUGCCUGCAAGAACCUGCAUUGGAGUCACGACGGUGCUUUCCAUGACAACUCUGAUGAUCGGCUCACGAAGUUCACUUUCAAAAACUAACUGUUUCAUUAAGGCUAUUGAUGUUUAUCUUGGCAUCUGCUUCAGCUUCAUCUUUGGUGCCCUUGUGGAAUAUGCAGUGGCUCACUACAGCUCAUCACAAAAGUGUGCAGCUAAAGCACCUCAAGAGGGGCCUGCAAAUGAACUUACUAAAGAAAUGGAAGAAGUCAACAUCACUAACAUCCUCAACAGCUCCAUCACCAGCUAUAAACGGAAAAUCAGCUUUACAAGCAUUGAGAUUUCCAGCGACAAUGUUAACUGCAGUGGCUUGACCAUGAAAACUCAUGAGAAAAUCAAAUGUGUCUUGAGAAACAAAAUGCAGAGGAUUAUUGGUUAUUUCACAAUUCAGAACCCCAGCAAUGUAGACCAUUACUCCAAACUGCUUUUCCCUUUGUUUUUCAUGCUUGUCAAUGUGUUCUAUUGGGCUUAUUACCUAUAUUUUUAGUAGAAAUGAGUUGUUUCAUGCUCCUACUUUAGCAGGAGAGGAACCUUGCCAAUGGGCAUCGGGGUAUCUAACCACAGUGAAUCCAAUGUGGACAAAAUGCUCUGUUGUGUUUCCUGAGGGUACAGAGCAGAAGAGUGGUAAGGUAUGCAAGACACAAAGUCUUGGUGCUUCAGCAUUAGCAACAUUGACUCUGGACAACUGCUUGUUCAGCUGAGUGGCUGUGCUGGGCUUCUGUGCUCGUACCUGCUUUUCAUUCCAGCAUCCAGCCUCCUGCCUGGCCAGAGAGGGGUGUGUAGGACUGCAUGUGGCAGGCCACAGAGCACUACAGGUGGCAAAAUUAUCUUGGUAGCCUGAAGCAGGUUGGAACCUUCUAGUUUAGAUCUCCAAAACGAUGUAGGAUUAUAGCUGUUAUUCUUUGUUUGCCAGAGAUAAUAGUAACAGAGGGGCUGUGAUUGCUGUCUCAAUAGCUCCUCUGUUCAAGUCUGAGAACGCAAAGGCAGCAGUGUGCCAUGCGCAGAGAGGGACGGCUCCCGUGCAUGGUGCUUCCUGGUCCCGGGGGUGAUUUCGGUGCU